GUGCUCGAAACCGCCGCAGUAACGAGCUUCACGCUAAUAUCGCCGGUCGAUCGCGGCGCACAAGUCUCUCGCGGUCGCGUCCACGUACAGUAAACAUUCGUAUUCCCUUCUCUCCUCGUUUUCCAAAACGUAAAAAACAAAAUCGACGUCGUGUGUGUGUGUGUGUGUUUGUUCAAAUAAUGAUAUUGCGGUACGAACGUGUCCGAUUCGUGUCCGUGCAACAGCUCGCAUAGUUUCGGCCGACAAUUUGUUUACAAGAUCAAAAAAAAAAAAAAAAAAAAACCGAAAACAAAAAUGACGUCGUGCUGAGCGCUGUUUGGCGGGUCCUUUUAACUUGGCAUAAUGGCCAAGCGCAUCAGCAAACAUCAUUACGUGGCCACGCCCGGCGGGAGCAAACACCAUCACAGAUCUUCGGAGACGCUGCCGUACGUGCACAGGGGCUAUUCCACCGAUGGCGAAGACAGUCAGAGAACCCUGUCCGAGUACACGAUCGCCACGGACCGGCCAUCAUCCCGCGGUCAACGGACGCCCAGGUCCAAGAGGUCGCGGAGCCUGGAAAGACCGUCUAGUAGUUCCCGGGCCAGGUCGGCGGCUAGUCAUCACGAUUCGGAUGUUUACGUGACCAGCGCCGCGUACAGGCCACCGUCCGAGAUGAGCCGCGGGUCCCACUACACGAGCAGGAGUAACCGGAGCAGAGGACCAGCGCCCAGCCACUACUCGUACCGCAGCAAUGGUCUCGCCCCGUCCGACGUGACCGCGGUCAAGUCCAAGAUCACGCGCAAGCCGGGCGUCACCAUCGAGACCAUGUCAGCACCCAAUCCGUUUUGCCCGAACACCAAGGGAAUGUGUUGCCUGAUGCUGCUGCUCAACCUGGGAUUAAUACUGGUCACGUUGGGCUUCGUCAUAGUCAUUCAGUUCUUCGAGCCUAUGUUUGUCUGGGUGCUGGGCGUCGUAUUCCUCAUAUUCGGGUUCCUGACACUCAUGGGCAGUUUGAUCUACUGCGUGACUGUGUGCAGGGAUGCCAAGACUCCCAAAGAGGUGGCGAUGCAGAACCAUUAUUGGACGCGUCAUUGGCAGAAGAGCUUCGGUGCCGCCCCUGAAAUACACUACAAGACGGAGAAACAUCCGCCGCGGUCUAUGCACCAUCACCCUCAUCACUCGGACCACGACGAGUACAGCGAUCGGUUUUCAAUCGGCAAACAAUCCGACCGGCACACGCACGGCCACAGAUACUGACGGCACACGCACGGCCACAGAUACUGACGGCAUCUUUCACGUUGACCGAUGUACAUAUUAUAACAAUUAUUAUUAUUGUAUACCUAUCUUGUAAUUUGUCGUGUAAAUACUGCGUUGCGCGUCGUCGACCUUUUGAUGGUCAGCGAAUUAACCAAACAGUGAGGUUCACAUGCGGUAGAGAUACGAUUGCGUUUUUAAUGUUUGAAAAAAAUGUAAGUUUUGCGGUUUUUUUUCUUUUUUCUUUAAAAAAAAAUAUUGUACAUUACUUGAAUAAUGAUAAUGAUUAACAUUAAAACAAGCAUGUUAUGAAUCGUUCAAGCAAAUCGUUGAAAUUAAGUCGCUGUACAUUAUUUUCUUAGCAUGCAAAUAGAUCACAGUAAAAAUAUAUUGAUUCGUGAUUUACGAAUAAUAAAAUUUUGAAGAAAAAUUGUGAUCGAAAUUAAUUGUUAACAGUAAUAAUGCACUCCUAUGUUUUAGUAGUGUAAUUAUUACAAUAUAUAACACCAACAAUCCUUAACAUUGAUUACAGUUUGACGGGUUAAACUUAAUUCCUGGAAUAAUGUCAGUACUUUUUAACCUGUUUUCUUAAUAUUCAUAAAUGCUACAAUAAUAAACCAUAAUUCAUUGAUA